CAAAUACAGAAACCUGAAACAAACCGCGAGUGUCUCCGAAGUGUUGAUCGAUGAAGACACUCAGUCCCUUAAACUCCUCGAAUCCAUGUCUCCUCAAGACCCAUUUCCUCAAAGUUCCCAUCUUUAACCCCAUUUUCAAGUUCAAGCCAUUGCCACACAACACCCACCAUGCAAGGAUAGCCAAAGUUCCCUCAUUUACCAUAAACUCUAAGCUAAAAAGCUCUCAGGAUAUCAAUAACACAGGGAAGAAGAGCGUUUCCCAGAAGAUUGUGCUAUCAGAAACUUCGCCUCCUCCACUUGCAGUUGAUAAAGAUGACAUCAAUGGUGGCAGUGGCAGUGAGAGUGUCCCAGUUAGCUCAAAGAAAAAAGGAGGGGUUUCUGGGUUGGCCAAGAAGUUGAGCAAAAAGGUGUUGCAGAUUCUCUCUAAUUUGUCUUUGGCUAUUGGAGAAAUGUUCACCAUUGCAGCUUUAAUGGCUUUAGGAACUGUUAUUGAACAAGGUGAGGCCCCUGAUUUUUACUUCAAAAAUUACCCUGAAGAUCAUCCUGUGUUGGGUUUUUUUACAUGGAGAUGGGUUCUCACCCUUGGCUUUGAUCACAUGUUUACAUCCCCUGUAUUCAUUGGAAUGUUGGCUCUCCUUGGUGCAUCUCUGAUGGCCUGCACUUACACGACACAGAUUCCGCUCGUCAAGGUUUCGAGAAGAUGGGCAUUUUUGCAUUCUGCUGAGGCUAUUCGUAAGCAAGAAUUUUCAGAUACGUUGACAAGAGCAUCAAUUGAAGAUGUUGGUACUCUAUUGAUGGGAGCUGGAUAUGAGGUAUUCUUGAAAGGACCAUGUUUAUAUGCUUUUCAAGGGCUUGCCGGUCGGCUGGCCCCUAUAGGAGUCCAUAUAUCACUGCUGCUGAUAAUGGUUGGAGGAACUCUAAGUGCUGCUGGGAGCUUCAAAGGUUCAGUCACGGUGCCGCAAGGGCUGAAUUUUGUUGUAGGAGAUGUUCUUGGUCCUACUGGUUUUCUGUCCACUCCCACUGAAGCUUUUAAUACAGAGAUUCAUGUCAACAGAUUUUACAUGGAUUAUUUUGAAAGUGGAGAGGUUUCGCAGUUCCACACUGAUCUUUCCCUCCUUGACAUGGAUGGGAAAGAAGUAAUGAGAAAAACAAUUAGUGUAAAUGAUCCUUUAAGAUAUGGUGGCAUCACUAUAUAUCAGACAGAUUGGAGUAUUUCAGCACUUCAAAUUCUUAAGGACAAUGAAGGACCUUAUAACUUGGCUAUGGCUCCUCUACAGAUCAAUGGGGACAAGAAACUUUUUGGAACUUUCCUACCUGUUGGAGAUAUCAACUCUCCUGAUGUUAAGGGAAUAUCUAUGCUUGCACGUGAUCUGCAGUCAAUUGUCCUUUAUGAUAAGGAAGGGAAAUUUGCAGGAGUUAGAAGGCCUAAUUCAAAGCUCCCAAUCAAUAUUGAUGGCUCAGAAAUUGUGAUUCUUGAUGCAAUAGGGAGCAGUGGCUUGGACUUGAAGACUGACCCUGGAGUUCCAACUGUUUAUGCUGGAUUUGGUGCUCUCAUGCUCACUACUUGCAUCAGCUACUUAUCUCAUUCACAGAUAUGGGCCAUACAAGAUGGAACAAGUGUGAUUAUUGGAGGGAAGACUAAUAGAGCAAAGAUGGAGUUCCCUGAAGAGAUGAACCGUUUGCUUGAUAAGGUUCCUGAAAUAGUUGAAUCUUCUUCAUCUCAGCAAGUUGACACCAUUACUAGUGGCUAGCUUAUACCUUUUGAGACUCUUCAAUUUGGAUAAGUGCCACAUUAUGUAGCUAUGCAAUAGUAGUAUUUUUGACAUACAAAUACAGGUAAGACUUCAUCAAAAUUCAACAAGGUCCCCAUCAUGUGCCAAGGAUUUCAGAUUUGACCAAAGUGAAUCAAGGAAAUUGUCAAAGUUCUUCAAGUUGACAUUAUCUAGCUAUAAUCAGUUCAUUACAUGUACAUUUCCUGCAAUUUUUUAUGUUAAUAUAAAUCCAAAUGUUAAUAUCUACCCUUUAUCUUAGCCAAUCAUUCAAUUUAGAGAAAAUUACACUGUUUUCUCAAGAUUAUGUAAUAUUAUACUUUACACACUUUAUUUUGCUAUAUUUAUACUAAGAUCUCUUUUGUGAUAUUAACAAUAAAGAUUAGUGUCAUAUCUCACUAAACA